AUGAUUCAGUCGUUCGUUGCCAGGAUGCGAAUGGUGACAUCGCAGGCUGCCAUAUGCGUGCUAUCCGUGGCCGACGGAACUGUGCGUGCGGAGCACACAGAGCCUGGCCCACCAAUAAAAUCAUCAACACAAAAGACACCCAUGUUUCGGACUUCAUUUCCGCCGCAUGUCACAAAUAUAUUCCACGCGUGCGCAAAUCAGUCGACUCUGUGUCACUCGACUUGUGUGGGUCGCUGUGUGAAAGGCAACAUUCCAGUCAUGACUUCCCUUCUGCAUCUGUUCAGACAAAGUCCGGUGAUAACAACAUCCUUGGCAGGAUGCUUCGUGCCGAUUUUUGGCACAGUUCUCGCGGAUGGCUUUGCGGAUUCCGCAGCUGUCCAGGCCACAACAGUCGCUGAAUCCGGAGGUCAGAAGAUCCUCAAGAUCAUGACUGGUCGCCAAUUGCCCUUCUAUGGAGACCCAGAAACACUGCACGACUGGGUUUACGUCGUUCCGGACACACAAACCACGGAGAAAAGUUUCCGCAAGAUGCGGCGAGUGAUGAGCCCAAUGAUACUCUGGUGGAACAACGCCCAAAGACGCCCCUAUUCGGUCUACUUGUCAAUUUCGAGUAGUAAAGAUAUUUAG